AUGGCAACAACAAAACUUCUGUGUUUCCUUGCGUAUCAGUCUGCCUCUAGACUGAUCUCUGCAACAAAGUUGCUGGAUCUUGAGGUGGCCAGAAAGCAUAAGGCAUGGAAGAAGUGUGAUAGUGAUAUUAGGGGACGUAAUGGCUUAGAUCUGAACCGCUCCCCAUCCACGAAUUUCAUGUUUGGAGGUGACUCGACUGUGGUGGAAAAGCGAACGAUAUGGAGGAGUAUGCAGAGAAAAAAUAAAGACAACCGUGAGAAGGGCAGCGGUUUUUCGGAGAUGACUGUUUACCAGUCCAGGUGUAAAGGGGCGCAUCUGCAGGCCCUUCGGUUAGUCGCAGCUUUCAGCGAGGGUGAUUCUGCAGCUGCAGUGCUUUGGAACUGGCUCGGGGCUCUGGUGGAGAGCUACGUGAAGGCCAUCAACAGCGGGGCGGUGCCCUGCUUGGAGAACGCGGUGACCACGCUGGCCCAGCGUGAGAAUGCAGCAGCCGUGCAGAAGGCAGCCGCCCACUACAGCGAGCAGAUGGCCCAGCGAGUGCGGCUCCCCACAGACACGCUCCAGGAGCUGCUGGACGUGCACGCGGCCUGCGAGAAGGAGGCCAUCGCGGUCUUCAUGGAGAGCUCCUUCAAGGAUGAAAAUCAGGAAUUCCAGGAGCAGCUCGUGAGCACUGUGGAGAGAAAGAAGGAAGACUUCUUGCUGCAGAAUGAAGCAGCAUCUACCAAAUACUGCCAGGAUGAGCUGGAGCAGCUCUCAGCGUCCCUGAUGGAAGACAUUUCCGAAGGAAUCUUCUCUGCUCCUGGAGGCCACCGGCUCUACUUGGAAGCAAGAAGGAGGGUUGAAGAGGGCUACAAGCGUGUGCCCAGGAAAGGCGUUAAGGCAAAUGAGGUCCUCCAGAGCUUCCUGCAGUCUCAGGCUACUAUAGAAAACUCCCUUCUGCAGUCUGACAAAGCCCUCACUGAUGGAGAGAAGAAAAUAGAAGCUGAAAGGGCCAAGAGGGAGGCAGCUGAGAAGGAACAGGAGCUACUAAGGCAGAAAAACAAGGAGCAGCAGGAAAAGAUGGAGGCCCAGGAGAGAAGCUUCCAAGAAAAUGUGGCUCAGCUAAAGAAGAAGAUGGAUGAGGAAAGGGAGAACAUUCUGAGGGAACAGGAAAUCAUGUUGGAGCACAAGCUGAAGGUCCAAAGAGAAUUUCUUAUGGAUGGUUUUAAGAAGCAAUCUGAAGCACUGAACAGAGAAAUAGAGCAACUAACUCAAGAAAUUAAAAACACCAAAAGCAACAAAUCUUUCUUUUCAAAGAUUCUUGAUACUGCUGGCACUGUUUUCAUGGCAGUGUUGCCUGGGGCUGGUAAAGGCAUUGGUUUAGGGAUGAAAUUUCUUAGUUCACAAAUUUAAUAUAGUCUGAGAGUUUCUGUCAAGAAAACAAUAAAAUGAGACUACUUUAAUUU